UUUCGCACAGUUCUAGUGUGGGGUUCAGGGAAUUACGAAAUAAUAAAGUGCACAAGGAUUUAACGAGGAAAAAUCCCUUGGCUCAAAGGGAUUAAAAAACCUCGACCUCCCUCGGAGGAAUUUGAACAACUUCACUAAAAAGCCUUUGAAUGAUUACAAGGGAAACUCUCCUAGUCUACCCUUGAGCCACCCCAAAUCUAUCCUCUCUAGGAAGAGUUAUGCUUCUCUACCUUGUGGGUAGAGAGCCUCUCAGCUUUACAACAAAGCUCUCACAACACACUAAUUAACCCGAGGAUGCUACACUUAGUCAAUCCUUAAAAACCCAAUUACAAUAUGAAGAAGGGAAAAAGAAACUCUGUUUGGAACUCCGUGAGCAGGUUCAGGUGCCUUGGACUUAGUAAAUAUUCUCGUGUAUGUUUCUCAAUAGAAGCUCGUUCAAGCACACCCUUUCGUCUGGUCUUCAGUCCAAUAUAUAUAGCAUCCGUAGCCUCUCCUUUCCUUUUAUUCAAAGAUCUUCCGGCUCACAAAUAUGGUGAUCCUCGGUCAACUAUAUAUAUAUGGAAGCAAGUGGAUACGUGCAUACUAUGAGUAAAUCACUCAAUAACAAAACAUAUAUGGAGUAUAUUACGUAUUUAAAUAUUCAAUGACAAUUCCACAUGAAUAUAUAUCAUCACAUAUAAAGGGAAAUACUUUAUUCUCUUAAUAUAAGCAUGCAACGGACAUUAUGUAGCAAUAAAAUAUUUAUACAAUCAAUGAUUAGUUCUCUUAACAAAUUUGAAUAUGCAACGAUUAUAUAAGUAAGAUAUUCAAAUAAGGUGUUACAGAUCAUGCAAGCCAAUAUACUUUCCAAAAGUAUUCAUUUAAUAUUUUAACUAAUAAUGAUUUUUCAACAUUAAGUGAUAAGGAAAUAUUUACUUAGUGGAUCCAAAUAUGCUACAGUCAAUUGAUACAGGAUAUUUAUGUAGCAUAAGCAAUGAUUCUUUCCAUAAGCUAUAAAGCUAUAUAGGCCAACUCAUUAAAGUGAGUGCUUAGUCAUGUAUGGAAAGAUAUUUAAAUUGUGCCACAUACAUUAAGAAUAUGCAUGAUCAAUCUAGGCACGUAGAUAAGAUAUUUAAGCAAUGAUUCUUUCCAUACUUAGUCACAUAGAUCAGAACUAAGUAUAGUUCUAAUUUUCGUUCCUAAUAGAACUGAGAGCAGUUCUGUCCGCCGUUCCACCUACAUGGUUAGUCAUCAACAAAACAACAUACUCAACACAGUUCCUCUACUCUUAUUAGUACUUUUAUUUCUCUUCUAGGGGAAUAUUUUGCUAUGAAAGAUUUAGGGGAUAUUCAUUUUUUCUUGGGGGUUCAGGCUGUGCGGAAUUCUUCUGGUUUAUUUUUGUCUCAGGCCAAAUAUGUGUCAGAUCUUCUCAUCCGGUUUCAUCUUCAUACACUUAAAUCUGUUCGCACGCCUUUACCUACUAGAACCAAGCUAUCUCUCACUGAUGGUGAGUUACUUGCUGAUCCUACUGAGUACCGUAACAUGAGAAUUUUCAGGUAUCUACAGGGCACUAAAACUCAUGGUCUACAUCUCCAACCAUCGCCGCACCCACACUCGGUUCUGGCAUACUCCGAUGCUGAUUGGGCUGGUUGUCCUGAUAGUAGUCGUACCACGUCUGGCUAUGCUGUUUUUUUUUGUCCUAAUUUGAUUUCAUGGCGGUCCAAGAAACAGCCUACUGUCUCCCGCUCAUCUACUGAGCCUGAGUAUAGAGCCAUUGCCUACACAGUUCAGGAUACAUUACACAUUCGGUCCAUUUUAUUUGAGCUCGGCUUUCCGCUUUCUCGCGCAGUUUGGUUGCUAUGUGAUAAUGUAUCUGCUUCAUAUUUAUCUGCUAAUCCCAUCCAGCAUGCUCGCAGUAAGCACAUUGACAUUAAUUAUCAUUUUGUUCGCGAACGUGUGGCUCAUGGUGAUCUCCUGGUGCAGUAUGUUCCUACGAAGUUUCAGUUAGCUGACAUCUUCACCAAAAAUUUGGCUCCUCAGCGGUUCUUAUUUUUACGAGACAAUCUACGCAUAGUUCCUCCUGCAUAGAUUGAGGGGGUGUAAUAGUGAAAUAAUUAGAAAUUAAUUAUUAGUCAGUUUCCUUAUUGUACUUGGACACUUAUUACCUAUAAAUAUACUCUCAGGGCUACCAGUCUGGAAAAAGCAUGUUCAUUAUUCUCACUCUUUGCACUUGGCAAAGUCCACCGGGACAGAGGUAAAAGAAAAUGGGUUUGCAAACUCUACCAGGCUUCAACAGUUUGACUCGUUUUCAACAGUUUAAUUUAACAGAAAGUAAAAGAAAAACGAUGCAUUGGAAUGGAUAUUGAAUUGAAUAAUGACUCUGUCGGAUAUCCCGACAGUAACUAUACCGUUUACAAGGAGUCAAUAAUACGAAGUAUUGAACUUAAAAUGCAAGUCUUGAUUGACUGUGGACAUGUGGUUUAUUAUAAUUGACUAUUGAGCAUGGAUUAAGGAUAUUUAUGUUGAACAAACUGGUCAAGUGUAUUGAAACUAGUUAUAUUUUUCAUUCAUUCAUUGUGGCAG